AUGCGCACAUCGCAGUUUCCCUCCUUAUUGGCAUCCCAUCUUCAUCGGCCCCGAGAUCUCUCCAAUCCCGGCACUGGCCACUGGCUGGCACACCUGAUCAAGGCCCCUUCAAGUUUCGUCACCUUUGCUCCAUCGGUAGCCCCUCCAGACCAAACCCGAUCGCGUAGGCGGUCAGCCAGGUGUCUCCAGGGGUGCAAGCCUCAACAACCUACUACGUAG